CAGCUACUUCUCUGUGACUGGGUCCAGAUUAAGGUCCUCCCAAGAAAGACUUCAUUUGAUUCACACUCAAGAGCAUUCUGCCAGGUUUUCCCGAGCCCCUACACAUCACUGUAAAGUGCCAAGGCAUUAAGACUUGGUCACUGUAUUUAUGCCUUAUUUCCUGGGUCCACGGGAGGCAUGAGCCUGUUGGGACUUGGAACAAGGAGAAAGCAAGACAUCUCCACAAGGAACACCAGACACUAACAAAAAAAUCUUCCCAAGUGUGACAAACUAGAGCACAGACAUGAGCGACAAGAGCACAGCCAUGAACGACAGAGGACUUAGAGAUCCUGCAGAGGACUCUCAAAAGGAUUUGGAAAAUGUGUCAUUAGUAAAUUCACAAGCACUGGAGAUUGCAGUCAUAGCAAAUACUUCGAAAGAAGCACAGGGCCCUGAUUCUAGCUCUGGCUUAAAAGUAGAGACAGUAGGUCCAAGAAGUACAGACAAAGAUGACCAAGAAGAAAAUCCAGAGGAAGCAAAUUACGGCAGCUGUCCAAAGGGUCAACCAGAACUUGAGGACAACCAGAAUCUUCAGGAUGAAGAACAAGGGCAUCACCCCCCUUCAGGAAGGCUGAGUAGUGACCUCUUGGAUCUGGAAGAACCAAAUCAUCCUCCAAGUGAUAAGGUGGAAAGAACAGACACACACUUGGGGGUCAGCUCUGCAGCCCUUCCUGAGGACAUGUAUGAUGAAUCCAGUGGGGAGCCCUCUGAGCAGAAUCCCCUUGCCCAGGAGCUCCAGGAGGCCCCGAGUUCUGGCCAUCCGAGUGCAAGACUGGAGAGCUCAGAAACAUUGAGGAGGCGACGAUUGGUGCCAGAAACUAGAAUUCAUCAACAAGAAACACAAAGAUUCGAAGAAAACAAAGACAUUGGAAAGGAUAUCAAAAGGAAGCUUAAUCGAAAGAAUAUGUUGAGCAUUGGCUUUGUCUUUGGCUUCCUGGUUGUGAUUCUUAUUCCCUUCAGUAGCUACUUUUCCUCUUCAGCCCAACAAGUGCUCAAAAAACCUGCUGUGGAAGCCUUCUUGGUUCAGUUUAGUCAACUGAAGGAUAAGUAUCCAGGCCAGAGUCCUUUUCUGUGGCAGAGGGGACGCAGGUUUCUCCAGAAGCACCUCAAUGCUUCUUACCCUGCCGAACCAGCCACCAUUAUAUUCACAGCUGCUCGAGAGGCAAGAGAGACCCUGAAGUGCCUGAGUCACCAUGUGGCAGAUGCCUACACCUCUUCCCAGAAGGUCUCUGCCAUUCAGAUUGAUGCAGCUGCAAGGGCCCGGCAGGACAGUGACACUGUCAAGCUCUGGGUGGACUUGGAGCUGAGCACUGGAUUCGAGAAUGGAACAAAGGCUGCUGUGGUGCAUCGCUUUGAAUCCUUGCCUGCUGGCUCCACCUUGAUCUUUUAUAAGUACUGUGACCAUGAGAAUGCAGCCUUUAAAGAUGUGGCCCUGGUCCUGACCGUCCUUCUUGAGGAGGAAACAUUAGAAGCAAGUGUUGGCCCCAGGGAAACAGAAGAGAAAGUGAGAGAUUUGCUCUGGGCCCGCUUUACUGACUCCAAUGCUCCCACUUCCUAUGAUCACAUGGACUCAGACAAACUGAGUGGGCUGUGGAGUCGGAUCUCACACCUGGUGCUGCCUGUCCAGCCCGUGAGCCACAUUGAACAAGAAGGGUGCCUUCUUUCUCAGAGCUAAGCACCAAGCAGGUGAUGGCUGGCACUGGCCUACUGAAAAGUCUGUUUUAAAAAACCCUCCAUUUGUGUAGAAGGAAGUUGAUGAAUGUAAGGAAACAGCCUGAAGAACACAAAAAAGCUUGUUUUAGAGACAGGCAUUUUUUUUUUUUUAAUUUUUUACUUUUGGGAAAACCUUCCAAAUCCUAGCCUGACAAAGCUCAAAUUUGACAUGCCUUUUAUUCUUUGCCUUUUAAGAAAAAUCAGGUUUGAAAUAGAUCAUGAUACCAUAUAACCAGAGUGUUUUAAAAUCUAAAACAUAGCAACAGAAUUACUGUACAGUAGAUGAUAGUCUCAGAAUGACUACAAAAUGAUUUUUUAAAAAGGCUUUAUAGUCUUUAGUGUAGAUUCUGGAUACCAGCUGAAGCAAUCACAAUUAUGAAGAAAUGCUAAUUUUAUGAAAAAAAUUCUAUCAUUCAAGUAUUUUAAAAAUUCAGUUUAACAACUUAGUUGUGGGGUUAUAUCCUAUCGUCACUUGCACUUUUGAAUGUUAUAAGAAAAGGAAGUAGGAAUUCAGAUAUUUACCUAAGCUGUGUAGGUAAGUAUCUGUGUAUAAGACACUGUGCUUUUAUUCUGUCAAUGAGCUGAAGUAAAAACGGCCAUAUUCCAAUGUUCUUAAACAAGGGAAGUUGCUAGUAAUAAUUGGAAAUGAAGAAAUUAGCUGACCAUAUUUAGCUUCUUGAAUGAUCUAAAGCAGUGAUUUUCAAGCUUUGUCUGCUGGGACUAUACUUUUUGUUUCAGAGCAGGCUCCCAACUAUAUUAUACAUUGAGAUUCUCCAUGAUGUUCAGUUGGAACAAAGAGUUCCACUGGCGAUGAUGUCUGAAAAUCACUGACCAAAUGAACAGAAAAAUAUGAGAUGAGUAGGAAAAUUGAAUGUUUUAAAAUAACUUAUAAGGAACGAAUGAAGUAUAGGUUUAUUGACUAGAUUUACUGUUUAUGAACAAGAAAAACCUGCAGAUGAUCAGCAGAAUGUAUGCACUUGUACUUAUUAGCAUAUUCCUGAUGAUUUCCUUAAUUAUUAUCAUUUUUUUAUUUCUUUAUUGGGGAAUUAAUGUUUUACAUUUAACAGUAAAUACAAUAGUUUGUACACGCAUAACAUUCCCCAUUUUAUUAUCAUUUUUGUAUCCCUUGAAUGGACUAUAUAAUUGUCUAGUGUGUUUGAGUGUCCUUUAGGUAGAGCGGAUUUUUUUUUUCUUUUGAUUAGCGCACUCCUCAGCUCUGCUAUUGGUAGUGUCAGGGAUGGGGCCAGGGGACCUCUUGAAUGCAAGUCUGUGUGCUGUCUCCUUAACCCCAAGUAGAUAGUAACUAUUAAAUAGUAGAUUUUUUUUUUCCUCCAGGGUUAUCAGUAGGGCUUGGUGCCUGCACCACAAAUCCACUGCUCCUGGAGGCCUUCCCCCACUCCCCAUUUUGUCGCCCUUGCUGUUACCCUUGUUGUCAUUAUUAUUGUUGUUGUUGUUGGAUAGGACAGAGAGAAAUUGAGAGAGGAGGAGGUGGGGGGAGAAAGACACCUGCAGACCUGCUUCACUGCCUGCAAAGCGACCCCCCUGCAGGUGGGGAGCCGGGUGCUUGAACCAGGAUCCUUAGGCCGGUCCUUGUGCUUCACCCCAUGUGCACUUAACCCACUGUGCUACUGCCCAACCCCUUAAAUAGUAGGUUUUAUGUGGGCACAUUGGCAUAACUUUUGCCAAACUGUUUAAUUGUUUAUUUAGUCAUGGAAUGUUAUGUAAUGCAAAUGACUUGAUGAACUAGCCAGGAAUACUGCUAAUGGGGGAAAAGUGAUCCUUAGUGAAAGCAAGCAGGAAUGGUAAGUAUAUUUGAGGAGGUUUUAAUGGACUUUACUCUAAUGUCUUAGUGGUGGACCAUGUUCUGUGGUUGUAAGAAAUAUUUAGAACAGUGCUUAUGGAGAUAGUAUUUGUUUUGUGAUUCAGUUCUUAAAGCAAACUCUAAUAAAAGAGUAUUUUAUCUUUUACACUACAUGACAAGCCUAGGAACCAUCACACUAAUACUAGUAUAUUUCUAGUAUCACAUACAAACACACACACACACACACACACACACACACACACACACACACACAUUUUCAAUUUUGUGAUUAACAUGUAGAACAAUUAAAGAACAUUAAGAAAUAUUCCAAAAUGUGAAGAUAUCUGUCAAGAGGAAAACCACAUAAAUUUGUUUCUAACCAAGGCUUUAAGUGUGGUCAACUGAGUACAGGGACAUAUCUAAAGGACCUAGUUAUUUUUGAGAGUUUGUGAAAGAAUUUUC